AACGUCAGCGGAAGUGCCGUUAUCGUAAUCUAUCUUACAUGCUCGCACCCCUCCCGUCUCCGCACUCGACAUCCUCCUCCAGCCUCUUUAAACUGCCUCCGCUGCCGAACAGACGACUUUUUCGGGUUUCGGUCUGUGUCCGUUCGCCCGCACACUCGCACACCUCUCUGCUUGUUUCGGAGGAUAUUUUUUUCUCUGGCGGAGCGUGUGGAGCACAAACAAGCACAGACGGAGCUGUGUUUCAGGCUACUUCAGUGGGCGGGUAAAGCGGAGGAGGGCAUCCGGGCCUGGCAGAUCCGGAGGGUCGGCUUGAAAACGACGGAAUUCAACAUUUUCAGGCCUCGCGUUGCCCUGUUAUGGAAAAGAUGAAGAGGAUUAAGAAGCGUCUGUCAUUAACACUACGCCCCAGUCAGACCAUCGACGAGUCUCUGUCAGAACUGGCCGAGCAAAUGACCAUUGAAGAUGGUGGCACCAAGGACAAUGAGCCCUUCAUGAGGAAUGGCCGCCCACCCACCUCCCACAGCAUGCACUCCUUUCUGCACCAGUACACCGGUUCCUUCAAGAAGCCACCCCUGCGCCGGCCACACAGCGUCAUCGGAGGCACUCUGGGGUCUUUCAUGGUUAUGCCGCGCCAUGGCAGCCGCCUGGAUAUUGUCCACGAAAAUCUGAAGAUGGGAUCUGACGGGGAGAGCGAUCAGGCAUCAGGAACGUCUUCAGAUGAGGUCCAGUCUCCGACGGGAGUCUGUCUGAGAAACCGGGUCCACCGGCGAAUUUCCAUGGAGAUUGAUUUUGAAAGGAAGACUGAAUUCACCUGGAGACCCCCUGCCACCUGCUGGUCAAUGAUGAAAUAUGCCAGAACCCACCUUAUCAGCCUCCCUGAUGACCUCAACAAGCGCCUGUCUCUGCCUGCUGACAUCCGAAUCCCUGACGGCUACCUGGAGAAGUUGCAGCUUAGCAGCCCACCCUUCGACCAACCGCUCAGCCGACGCUCGCGCCGAGCCUCGCUGUCAGAGAUUGGUUUUGGAAAGUUGGAGACAUACAUUAAACUGGACAAGCUGGGAGAGGGAACUUACGCCACAGUGUUUAAAGGACGCAGUAAACUGACAGACAACCUGGUGGCGCUGAAGGAGAUCCGGCUGGAGCAUGAGGAAGGAGCCCCGUGCACAGCCAUCAGAGAAGUGUCAUUAUUGAAGGACCUGAAACACGCCAACAUUGUGACACUACAUGACAUUGUUCACACUGACAAGAGCCUCACACUCGUCUUUGAGUACCUGGACAAAGACCUGAAGCAGUACAUGGACGACUGUGGAAACAUAAUGAGUAUGCAUAAUGUGAAGAUCUUUCUGUUCCAGAUAUUGCGAGGGCUGUCAUACUGUCACAAAAGGAAAGUUCUCCACAGGGACCUGAAGCCACAGAACCUCCUCAUCAAUGAGAGAGGAGAACUUAAACUGGCUGAUUUUGGUUUGGCCAGGGCCAAGUCUGUUCCAACUAAAACCUAUUCCAACGAGGUGGUGACUCUUUGGUACCGACCUCCUGAUGUUCUGCUGGGAUCCUCGGAGUACUCAACACAGAUCGAUAUGUGGGGUGUUGGAUGUAUAUUCUAUGAGAUGGCUGCAGGUCGGCCUCUUUUCCCCGGCUCCACCGUUGAAGACGAGCUCCACCUCAUCUUCAGGCUGCUAGGAACACCUACAGAGGAGAACUGGCCAGGGAUCUCUUCUAUCGAAGAGUUUAAAUCCUACAACUUCCCCAAAUACAAACCCCAGCCAAUCAUCAAUCAUGCCCCCAGGUUGGACAGUGAAGGCAUCGAGCUGCUGCUGUCAUUCCUCAGAUACGAAUCCAAGAAGAGAAUUUCAGCUGAUGAGGCAAUGAAGCAUUCCUAUUUCAGGCAGCUUGGGAUGAGAGUCCACACACUGCCUGAGAGUGUAUCAAUAUUCACAUUGAAAGAAGUGCAGCUGCAGAGAGACCCAGGCUACAGGAACUCCUCGUAUCCAGAGUCAGGUAACAGCAAGAUCAACAGGAGGCAAAGCAUGCUGUUCUAGUGUUUCAAUGAAGAAGAUGCCCCACUUCAUCUACACCUCCCAGCAGCCUCUUGCAUGAGCCCACCACCCCUCGGAGUGACACCCACACCACGCAUUUAACUACACACACGCACGCAAACACUCAAUCUGAGCGAGUGACUCUGAGUUGAAUCUAUUUGGUGACUGUGUUUAUUUAUUGGGGGCGGGGGGGAUGGGUGAGGUUGAACUUUUUUUUGCUGCUAAACUACUACUGUCUGUAUUUAACACACAGUGUGUGUCUGCGCGGAGGCGUGUGUGUGUGUUUGCACAAUGUGAACUCGGGAUGUCAUGCACAGUUGAGCAGUCAGUAAGGUUACUAUUGUUUUCCUGACAGUGAUCCUCCGGCUUGUCAUGAGUCAACUGAUGUUGAUGUCGAUGCUGUGACCCAAGUUGUUGUUCUUGUUCUUGUUGUCCUCGGCGGUUGAAAGAGA